AUGGGUGCACCUCCAGAAUUCCUUCAAUCUGUCAUUAUUCCAAAUAUUUUGUCUUUUGCAUGGGAAGUUGAUAGAGAUCCUAUUAAUCUUGGACGUAAAAUAAAGAAGUUGGUCGUGGAACUAGUAAUAGUUCAAGCAGCUGUUGAUGAGAUUGAUGAGGUGAUUGAUGAGUCGUUAACUACGUUGAAUUUCAAGCCUGCUAGUAAGUCUUCUAUUCAAGCUUUGAAAAGGGUGAAAUUUGGCAACAAUGAAGAUAGUCUUUUACCCUUGAAGAAGAGGAGAAGACUUGAGGAUAUGAGUUCCAAGAAACAAUGCAGUAUUUGUUUGGAUGAGUUCAUCGACGGUGAGGAGGUUGCUUUGAUGCCUUGUGGACAUGUUUAUCAUGAUGGUUGCAUUGUUAGAUGGUUGGAAACGAAUCACAUGUGCCCAUUAUGCCGAUAUGAGAUGCCAAGUUGA